AUAAAACCUCGUCGAUUCAUUUUUGUAGAAACCGAAAAUUGUAUGUGAAUACACCUCAAAAAACAUAAACACCUUGGUCGCGGUAUACGUUAACAUUUAAGCAUCGUAGGCGUAAACGUCAGAAUAAAACGGCAUUCGUGCUCGAGAAUCAGAACAGCGCACACCUUCCGAUUCUUCGUCUUUUCCGUUCCGAAAAAUUCCGCAACUUUACAACUCAGAAGUGGGAUACGAAGUCAUUUUACGCAACAAAAUGCCUACAAAAGAUGAGUUAUUAUGUGCCUUGGAAGCUGCUGGUAUCGAAGUGCCCCCCUCGGCAACUAUUCAACAUCUUCGCAACUUGUACCAACAAUGUGAACCGGGGAUGAAAACUGAGGAACGAUCGUCAAACAGCUCCAGUUCCCAGAACCCACGUAUUGAUGACGCCGUAGUGACGAACAAUAGAAAACACGAGGAACCAGCCGCCAUUUCGGUGAAAGAGAAAAUCGUUCCUCCCAAAGAUGGCAGCUUGGCUGAAAACGAUUCUCAUCGAUGGGAACUAUUUGCACUACGCGAGAAAAUCAAGGAAAUGGAACAGCGACAAGUGAAAGUGGAAAGCGGCAGAUUGGUACACCCUGACGAGCUUAAACAUCUGAUACCAGAAUUUUCGGAUGGUCUCGGUAUCAACCGAUGGAUUGACACAAUCCGCUAUAAUAGCGAACUGUACGAGUGGCAAGAUCGAACGACGCUUUUGUAUGCAGGUAGCCGCUUAACCGGCGCGGCCAAUGAGUGGUAUAAUGGAUUUCGUCAUACGAUUAAAACUUUCGACGAAUUUGCUGUUGAAAUUAAAAAGGCGUUUCCCGAUCGCUGCAAUGACGCUGUGAUUCACAGCCAACUAGCCGCAGCUUACAAAAAGUCCGCCGAAUCAUAUACAAGUUACGUGUAUCGGGUUAACGCGUUGGGGAAGUCAGGCAAUGUGAGUGACGAUGCUAUUAUCACUUACGCCAUUAGAGGACUAUCCCGUGAUCCUCUCUACGAUAGUCUCGUCACAAAGGACUACAGCAACAUAUAUGAUCUGAUCGACAACAUUAAGCGCUGUGAAACACAUUUAUUGAUGCGCAAAAAUAUAGAACGCCGCAUUCCUUCUGCCCACUACUCAAAUGUUCCGAGAUUAGUGGCCCCGAGACAGGCGCCAACAGAAACACCUCGUUGUUACAACUGCUCAGAUUUUGGACACCAUUCAUCACAAUGUACUAAACCUCGUCGAGCCUUGGGUUCCUGCUUCCGAUGCGGCAGUACAUCUCACGUCAUCCGUAACUGUCCCGACGUAGUUAGACGACAACCAACAGCAGCCGCAGUUCAGAGCAACGAAAAUGAGACACCGAAUGUAGAUGACGCGAAUAAUGGAAACGUUCUGCAGCUCGAUGCCUAUCAGGAGUGCUAAAAGCUUCGUCAAUGAAGAUAUAAUUCCAAAAACAAAACUACAUACUCCCAUACCGAGCGGAUUUCGUGGAAUAGGGAAUAGUAACCUUCAAACACUUGGAAACAUUGAAUUACAAAUACGCUUUCGUAAUGAAAUCCGUACUCAUACUUUCAUUAUUUUGCCUAAAAAUUACAUGUCGUUGUCUAUGAUAGUUGGGAGAGAUCUAUUAUCUGAAUUCAAAAUCAUUCUUGCGCAGUUACGUAAAAUUUAUAACAAAGCCUAUAUUAUGAACUUAAAUAAAGAUAUAAAGAAUACAAAACCGGAUGUUGUCCAGAGGCUUCAAACUUUGGGUCUGUUGCAUAGUUCAAUACAGGGCUCCUCGUUGGAGGUGGGUCCAGAUUCCGUUUUGUCCGAUUCCAAAAUUUCUGAAAAUUCCAUAUUAGCGUUAGACCAAUCUGAGCAUGAGAAAUCAAUUACCAACGUUUUUCUUGAAAUGUGUUCGAUAGAUAUGAGCGAUGAAACGAUGAGCGCGAUAAAAAUAGGUAAACAUUUAUCUAAAGAACAAAGCAUUGUCAUUAAUUCAAUCGUGGUUAACAAUUACCUAAACUUUCCAGAAGAACAAAUCCUACCAGUGACUCAUAAAAUGCGGAUUAGUUUGACACAUGAUGUUCCCGUUUUUACAAAACCAAGACGACUCUCAUUUGCCGAGAGGGAUAAAGUAAAAGAAAUAGUAAAGGACCUUUUGAAAAAAAAUAUAAUACGACCUAGCAAUUCACCUUACGCCUCGGCACUGGUACUGGUAAGAAAGAAAAACGGAGAGAUUCGUAAGUGUGUCGACUAUCGACCGCUAAAUAAAAUUACCAUUCGCGAUAACUAUCCACUCCCUUUAAUAGAAACAUGCCUCGAGCAUUUAGGAAACAAAAAAUAUUUUACGCUACUCGACCUUAAGAGUGGCUUUCAUCAAGUGCAAAUGCACGAAGAAUCAAUUCAGUACACGGCUUUCGUCACCCCUGACGGCCAAUACGAAUAUACUCGUAUGCCAUUUGGCCUAAAAAAUGCCCCAGCUGAAUUUCAGCGGUUUAUAAAUACGAUUUUAAGAAAAUUCAUUGACAACGAAAAAUUAGUCGUCUAUAUUGAUGAUAUUCUUAUUGCUUCGAAAGACUUUGAUGAACAUUUUCAAUUAGUGGGAGAUGUUUUACGUACACUACGUGAAAAUGGGCUAGAACUACGCUUGGACAAAUGCAAAUUUGCAUACAACGAGUUGGAUUAUUUAGGAUAUAAAACCAGCCCCUCAGGCAUAUGUCCUAGUGAUCACCAUGUUAAAACAAUUAAGAAUUAUCCUAUUCCGCAAAAUGUAAAACAAGUUCAACAAUGCAUAGGUUUAUUUUCAUUCUUCCGUAGAUUUGUUCCCAAUUUUUCAACUAUUGCUAAACCUUUGACCAACCUUUUAAAAACCAAAGCACCAUUCGUAUUUGACAACAAUUGCAAAAAGGCUUUUGAAACACUAAGAGACAAAUUGAUUGAAGCUCCAGUACUUUCCAUAUAUGACCCAAAGCGUGAAACGGAGCUUCACUGUGAUGCAAGCUCUUUAGCAUUCGGUUCCGUACUUUUACAAAAACAGGAUGAUGGUAAAUAUCAUCCUAUUUCAUAUUUCUCAAAGACCACUUCGGCCGAUGAAGCUAAGUUACAUAGCUAUGAGCUCGAAACCUUAGCCGUAAUUUAUGCGCUCAAGCGAUUUCAUGCAUAUGUACAUGGCGUUCCCAUCAAGAUCGUAACAGAUUGCAAUUCUUUAGUAGAGACUUUGAAGAAUAAAAAUGCUUCGGCUAAAAUAGCACGAUGGUCGCUUUUCCUAGAGAACUACAACUACACGAUUCAACAUCGUCCCGGAACAUCAAUGAGCCAUGUAGACGCUUUAAGUCGGCUCGAAUACUUGGCCGCAAUUCACGAUGUCGACAUAGACUUCCAGAUACGUGUCGCUCAAGCUAGGGACCCGCAGAUCCAACUAUUGAAAGGAAAGCUAGAGAAGACGAGCAUUCAAGGAUUUCAGUUGCAAGACGGAGUAGUAUACAAACUCUCACCUUCAAAUAGGUUAAAACUAUACGUACCGGCGGAAAUGAUAAACAAUUUGAUUCGAUCAAUUCAUGAACAGGUAGGACAUCUCGGUGUAGAAAAAUGUCUGAAUCAAAUAGACCAAAACUAUUGGUUUCCCAAUAGGAAAACAAGGAUCACAAAUUUCAUUAAUAACUGUUUAAAAUGCUUACUUUACUCCGCUCCGGUUAAAAACAAUAAUCGAAAUCUGCAUAGUAUCCCCAAAGAACCUUACCCCUUCGAUACAAUACACAUUGACCAUUUCGGACCACUUCCUACAUCAAAAUUGAAGAAAAAAUAUUUACUAGUGGUUGUUGACGCAUUUACGAAGUUCGUUAAACUAUAUCCAUCUUCUUCUACUAGUACCCGAGAGGUGUGUAACUGCUUAAAACAGUAUUUUUCGUAUUAUAGUCGCCCCAAAAGAAUAAUAAGUGAUCGUGGUACAUGUUUCACCUCAGUUGCCUUUUCCAAUUUCCUAUCGUCACGGGGAAUCAUUCAUGUGUUAAAUGCAACUGGUUCUCCACAGGCCAAUGGCCAAGUGGAAAGGAUUAAUCGUAUAAUUCGCCCUAUAUUAAGUAAAUUGUCAAACCACACCGAUCAUUCAGAUUGGGUUCAAACAUUAUUAUCUACCGAAUACGCACUUAACAACACUAUCCAUUCAUCUACUCGUUUCUCACCCUCUAUGUUAUUAUUUGGUGUUAACCAACGCGGUCCGACAGUAGAUGGCUUAACCGAAUAUUUAGACGAUAAAAAUAAAACCUUGCCAGAUCUAGAGACAAUACGCGCAGAAGCCUCGUCUAACAUUUUGAAAUCACAACAAACCAAUGAAAAACAGCAUGCCAAACACCAUUGUCCCGCUACGGAGUUCAAUGAAGGAGAAUUUGUAGUAAUCAAAAAUAUAGAUAACACCGCUAAUACAAACAAAAAGCUCAUCGCCAGAUUUAAAGGUCCUUAUAUAGUACAUAAAAGAUUACCUAAUGAUAGAUACGUAAUACGCGAUAUAGAUGGAAUCCAAAUGACACAAAUACCAUACGACGGUGUUUUGGAGUCGGACAAAUUGAGGAGAUGGAUCGUGCCUCUUUCGGGAGACUGACGAACUAUGUGUGCAAAGCCACACUUACAAAAAAAAAAAA